ACAACAACAACAACAACAACAACAACAACAACAAAAUCUGCAAUUGCAACAGCAGCAGCAGCAAUUACAGCAGCAGCAACAUGAUCAACAGAAUAUCCUUCUCCAUGAAUCGCUCGCUUUGAGCACCGCGUCCGCCUCGAGGAUAGAGGAGAUUGACAGACUGAGCGUGUUCUUGACCACGGCCCCGACCUAUCAGAUGGAGCUCUCCAAGUUCCUGCUACCCACAGGCGAAACGAUAUCCUGCGUUCUCUGGAACGAGCUUUAUCACAUCACUGGCACAGACAUUGUCCGGUCACUCGUCUCUCGUUUUGACAGCUUUGGUCGCCCUGUCUGCAACAUCAAAAAGUUUGAGGAAGGUGUCUUCUCAGACCUGAGAAACCUGAAGCCAGGCGCGGAUGCCUGUCUCGAGGAGCCCAAGUCCCCGUUCCUGGAGAUGCUCUACCGCAACAACUGCAUCCGCACCCAAAAGAAGCAAAAAGUCUUCUAUUGGUACUCUGUUCCACACGAUCGACUCUUCCUCGAUGCCAUGGAGCGUGACCUAAAGCGCGAGCAAGCAGGCACCGAGCCCACCUCAAAAGCCGUUGCUGAGCCGGCCUUGUCAUGCACGCUGGAGACGGUGCGCGAUCUGGUUGAACGCCUCUCUCGCCGCACUAUCGAGAUGAACACGAUUACAGAGACCCUCCAAAGUUUCACCCCCGAUGGAGUUGCUCCCAUGAACCGCCAGUUGCCCGCUGCCAUCUCACCCUCGGAAGUCUCGCCAACACAGGCCCAGUUGGUCCCUGAAAACUCUCUGCCAACAGGAGUAUCUGCAGGCACCCUUCAUGACAGCAGCGUCGGACCCUUCAGUGAGAGUGGACCAGGAUUCCACCAAGGUCCAUCUUACGUUGAGGAUGCAGGAUCCGACGAUAACUCAGAGUCCAAGGUGCCAUCAGACCCUGAUGCUGCCUUCACUGGUGGUGCUGAGGCCAUGAACCAUGCCUCAGACGCAAAUGCUGGCCUUUUUGGUUCAUUCACUUUAUUCGAGGGAUCACCUACUUACAAGAAGCGAAGAAGGCGCUCGACAGCUGGUCCCUCCAUGCUGUCUGAGUCUAUCGACCGAUCAGAUAUGAUCUCGAACGGCACAGGGACUGGAUUCUUGCGUGGCGACAGCCGACAUGGCUCCAUUGAUUUUGACCAUGACGGCGAAAGGUUUUUGGAUGGUAGUGGCGUUCACGGACACAAGGGCCAUGGCAUGCAAGGCGGUUUCCUCCACGAAUCAUCUUCUCGCCCCUAUCACCACCAUGGAUCGGCUUCCAUGUCGUCUUUGCAUUCGAUACACGGUAGUUCUUCCAACCCUUCGCGUUCAUAUGCUUGUCCAGUCCAGCCCUGCGGUCGUCUCUUCAAGCGACUUGAGCAUUUGAAGCGCCACUGGAGGACACAUACCCUCGAGCGACCCUAUGCAUGCAACAUUUGCUCCAAACGAUUCUCGAGAAGCGACAAUCUCGCCGCCCAUCGCAAGACUCACGAGAAACCUUCGUGGGCCAACGAUGACGACUCGUCUGCUCCUCGAGGAGAGGGUGAGGAUGACGACCUCGAUGGCGAUGAGCAAGACAAUGACGAUCAGCUCCGAAUCUCCAAGGACUAUGCUUCGGACUACAGCACGACUAGGAAGCGUCGUCGCAGCAUGCACAAAGACCGAGGAAUGGAGUCCAUGAGUGAGCGAGAGAGUCUGAGCGGUCUUAGCAGCUGCGACGAGGACGAGGAUGGAACCGUGCUCAACAUGAUGCGAUUCUCGGCUCUGAAUCAGGCAGAGCAGCAGCAGCUUCAGCUUCAUCGUCAGAGCUUCUCAAAGGCAACAACUCCCAUGUUGCAGGCACAGCACCCACCUUUUGCCUUGGCCAGUCAGUCAUUCGGACCAACCAUGUCUAUGAUGACUCCCAAUCAGCCGUAUGCACCCUUCGCAGCUGGUCCUCUCUCAGCCGGCUUUGGCGGUUUCCUUGCAAACCAGCCAGCUCCACCUCCACUGUUCACUCUGGACGAGGAAGAGGAGGACGAGAACGAGGAGAUCUCCGAUAUGGAGAAGCUGCGUUACAAGUACGAGUACGAGAUCAAGGCCGCUAUUGAUUCAACACCGGUGCUGUCCGAGGUAGCGAAGAUAAUGGCAACGCCUUACAGCACUGGAGCAUUUGGAUAUGGGGGCAUCUUGCCCGAUUACGCCGUAUACGGCGCGUACCCUUUGGCGACGCCUGUUAAUCUUGGAAGAUACCCUUUUGAUCCUUCGACUCCCGGGGCAACAGCGAACAUGUUUGCAGCAGCAGCAAUGAUGCCUUCAUCAUCAGUAGCUACAUCGUCCUCGAUCUCGGCGGCAAUGACAUCUGGAGCGUCAUCGAACUACCCUGUCGUCCAUACCGCGGCCUUGCCACCCUCGCACCAUCACCAGGAGUACUUGGAGUUUACUCUUGGAAGCAUGCUGCCCAACAUUCCUAUUUAGAAGAUGUUUAUCUCGACCUGAUCUACAUGGAUCGCUGUGUAUAGAACCAAAACCAUUUCAACUCUAUUAUUAAUCUUCGUUGACAAAAAAAAUAAAAAAUAAAUAAAAUAGCGCC